GCGCUCCCUAAUUCAGCUAGCGUCCAAAUUUAACGGAUGGUUGCAUUAAGAGCCGACGCCAACCGCCGUGACCUCAAGUCUUGUAUCUACACUCUCCAUCAUCAACCUCGCCAAUCAAGUAGCAAAGCCUCCAAAUAGCAGCAGCAGACGGAAUAGAGUGAAGGAGAAGAAACCGAUGGCCAGCAACAGCGUGAGGUGCACCGCGUGGGCCGUGGCGGCGGUGCUGCUGGUGGUGGUGGUGUCGGCGGCGUCGACGGGGACGGCGGUGUCGUGUGGAGACGCAGUGAAUGCGCUGAUCCCUUGCGGGUCCUACCUCGUUGGAUCGGGCAAGGCGGAGCCAAGCCCACAAUGCUGCAAUAGUGCAAAGGAGCUCAACCGGAUGGCGACCACCGUGGAGGAGCGCCGCGCGCUGUGCCGGUGCUUGAAGCAGACAGAGCCGUCCCUCGGGGUGAAGCCCGAGCGUGCGAGACACCUCCUCCCCGCCUGCAAGGUUAACCUCAACAUCCCCAUCAGUCCCGACGUGGACUGCACCCGUAUUACAUAAAUGAUGGAGUAUGACUGCUAAAAUAUAUAUGUAUGGCUCUUAAAAUAACGUCGUAUGUAUGAACGUUCGGAGGAGCAGUCCGGGGACAUAUGCAGAAGAAGACAUAUUAAAGCUACGUUGAGUGGGAUGCACUUGUUUUCAGGGUGUUUGUGUUGUUGUAAGGUCCUUUGGGCCUCUGGGCUUAAUGUGAUAUUGAAUAGUUCAUGUGAAGGUUGUGACAAGUAUAUGUAGAAUAAUUAAUGGAGUUUAAUAUAGAGUGCUCCGUAACUGCUUUUAUUGGAUGCCA